UUAUGAUGAUGAUUAUGAUAAUGAAUGUCUGUACAUUGUUUGUUUAUAUUGCCAUCGAUCGAUUGAUUAUUGCUAAAUAUCGAUAAAUGGAGUUAUCACAAAUGUAAAAAAUUUCGUAACUUUAAAUUCUCAUUAUUAUGGAUCAUUGGUCCAGAAAAAAAAUUUAUUCAAUUCGAUUUUGGUUCGAGGACACUUUCAAGAACGGCGCGCGUGAUUGUAAACAAACAAUUUACUGCUAUAUAUAAUUACGUUGUUGAUGAAUGGCACCGCAUAAAUACGAUCGAAAAUCUUUGUUGAUGGAUCAAAGUUUCAAAACAAUUUUAUUUUUGCAUCAUUAAAAUUAAAUUAAAUCAAAUCCAAAUAUUGUCAACAACAACAUUAUCAUGAGUAUUUCAUCGAAAACGAGUAAAUUUGUUGUUGGUGUUGAUAACAAAAAACAUGAUGCCGCCCCCAACGACAACGGCGACGAUGAUGAUGAUGAUUAUAUGUCAGAUAAAUUUCUAAUCAAUGAUAAUUCGAGCCAAAAAACAUCAUUAUUACAUAGUCAUAAACAAAAAUAUGAACAUGAAAGAUAUAAACGGCGUAUGGAAUGUCAACCAAAAUCUAAACAAAUAAUAAAAGCAAUGGAAGAAGAAAAACGACAGGCCGGCCUUUCGAAACCGUUAUUGGAUCCAGAGAAUAAAGGAUUUCGUUUAUUACAGAAAAUGAUGACAAAAACAAAUGAUAAGAUUGGUUCGUCAUCAUCAUGUGAUCAAGAAACGAAUUUAAAACGAAAAACGGUUGAACAAUUAAUAAUGGAACGACGACCAAUCGAUAUUGAACUACGAAUUGGCCGUAAAGGUCUUGGACAUGAAUCAUCAGUGCGAAAUAAACGCUUGAAAUCAGAAUCAAUAAAUAAAGAUAACAAACGAAAUUUCGAUCAAAUUGAUCAAGAUAAAUUUCUUCGUUAUCGUGUGGAAAAAUCGGAAAAAUUAUUGGCGAAAAAAGAUUAUUUUUCAUUACAAAAAAUUUGUUAUAAUCUAGAUCAUCAAUCGAACGAAUCAAUCACUGGGUCACCACCACCACCACCACAAGAAGAAUGGUAUUGGCCUAAAGAAUUUUUAGCUGCUCUUAGAGCGAAAAAUGAUGACGAAGAAAAUGAAGAUGAAAAAAUGGAUGAAGAUGAGGAUGAUGAUGAUGAUGAGAAUGAAAUUGAUUAUCAAGAACGAUUAGAACAACUGGAUCAUUAUGUUCGUUCAGAAUAUUUUUAUUGUCUUUGGUGUGGCUGUCGUUAUGAUUCAAAUGAUGAUCUCAUCGAUAAUUGUCCUGGCAAUACACGACAAUUGCAUUGAUUUUUUUUAUUAUUAUUUGUUACAUUUUGUACAAAAUAAAUUCAUUUAAAUUAAA